GUUUUUUGACCCGGGAGUCAUGUCGUCUGACGCCGUUUGCCUCGACCUGCAGCCUUACUACGACGGCGCCGACACGGAGCGGAGCGGCCCUGCUGCCCUCCAUCCUGACGCGAGGAGACUCGCCGAGGAGCAGCCCAAGGACUAUGUCCUCUGGUCGUUGUUCAACCUUUUUUUCUUAAGCUUCUACUGCUUCUGCUGCCUCAGUUUCGCCGCCCUCGUCUUCUCCAUCAAGUCAAGGGAUCGUAAAGUUGUUGGAGAUCCUGGAAGUGCAGCUGCCUAUGGGAAGAAAGCCAGAUGCCUGAAUAUUGUUGCCUUUAUCUUGGGCAUUGCAGUCACUAUUGUUUGUUUACUUCUAAUGAUUGUAAGUGUAAGAAAUUACCUUAUAACAUUAAGAGAAAUGAAUAUACACCAGUGAUUACAGCCAGAUCAAUGGAGAACAAAUCAUUCAUCCAGGAUAUUCCCACCAAACGUUCUGUUACCAAGCCUUGGCUGCCUUACUUCUCUCUCUCUCCUGUAUAUUUUCCCUUGCUAAAAGGAGGAAUUCUAUGUAGCACAGUUUAAUACAGCUUGCCAUACUGAAAAUGGGAGAGAUUUAUAUUGCUUCUAGAGCAGAGUUUCUCAGACUGAAUUCCACGGAAGCCCAGACUUCAUGACAACUUGACAGAGUUCAUGAGCGACUAAGACCAGACAAAAUGAAGUUCAGUUCAACACAGCCAGUGGUAUUCAAAGCAAUUUUUCUAAGGAAAAGCAAUCACAUCCCAGUCAUUGAACAUUGUUUUGUGUGGUUAAAACAUUAAACUCCCAAGUAAUUGUGAAGUUCAAGUUUAAAUUUUUGUAUACUAGAAAUGUUAAUUUUGCAUUUAUAAUAGUUUAUUUUUUAUACUUGGGGUAAAUGGAGGAACUUAAUGGAACCAUAAUUGGGGUUUCAGUUUUUGUGAAAUUCAAAUAACUUUAUAAAUUUGCAUAAAUAAAUGACAGAAAGCACAAAAAAAAUGUCUGACAGUUUUAGAGCUUUGCCUCUUGAUCAGGAGUUCUAGGAAUUUUUUUAACAGUGGAGGCAAAGUAGACCCUUCUAUGACUUUAUAAUGUACUCCAUCUUGUAUUCUGUACAUUUAUCAGUAUUAGUUGAGCCUCUGAAUUUGUUUCUAUCUUCUUUGUCCUGUCUCUGUUUGAUAUGAGAUAAGCCACAAUGGACUUCAUUGCUGUAACCUCCUUUUAUAUAUUCCAAACUGCAUAUUGCUUCCCUGAAUUGUGAAUGGCUGUGAAUUAGAAACUUUGUAAUUUCUUUACCGUUUCCUCUGUUUGAAGUGAGAGUCAAACUUUCAAAACUGGUAUGGAUUAAAACAAGUGGCAAUUAGAA